AUGAAAACUGUUGUUAUUACUGGAGCUAACCGAGGUAUUGGCUAUGGAUUGGUUAGACAAUUUUUAGCAUCUAAAGCCGAUUGUAUCUUUGCUACGUAUCGUCAAGUCGAUCGAUCUAAAGAAUUAUUUGCGUUAGCUAAAGAACAUUCAACAACAAUUAUACCAAUUCAACUUGACAUCAUCGAUGAUACAAGUGUUCGAAAAGCAGUUGAUAAAGUACAAGAAACAUUAAAUGGAAAAGAUCUGAAUUGUUUAAUUAAUAAUGCAGGCAUAGCAACAAAACUAAACUUUUUUUGUAUUAAUGAAAAAGAUAUGAUGGAAACAUAUCGACAAAAUGUUAUUGGACCAUGGAAAGUUACUAAAGCAUUUUUACCACUUCUUGAAAAAUCUGCAUCACAACUUAAACAACGUGAUAUUAAACAAUCAUCCGUAGUUAAUAUUUCUUCAAUAAUGUCUUCCCUUCAAUUGGCAAAAGAUCUACCUAAUAAGUAUUAUGAUUAUCAAUGUAGUAAAGCAGCAUUAAAUAUGUUAACAAUAUGUAUGGGUAAAGAUUUUGAAAAGAAAAAAAUCUUUUUUUCUCUUCUUCAUCCUGGUUGGGUUAAAACAGAAAUGGGCACAGAUAAAGCUCCAUUAACAACCGAUGCUGCUGCUAAAAAUAUUUUAGAAUGUCUACAAGCAAUGACAAAUGAAUAUUAUUGUAAAUUAAUCGAUACACGUGACGGAAAAAAAUUAACUGUUAUCCCUUUUUAA